AUGGUGGCCCGGGCCGCGCCGUGCGGGGGGCCCGCGCGCGACGUCGCGCCCGCCGCUGCGGUCACGAGGAGCGAGGAGAAGCUCCGGACCGAAGCGCUCACAACCCUGGAACGCAUCCCGGACCACGUCGCGAGGGCCAUUGCCCGGCACCUGCUGGGCAGCUACAGGGGGUGCCCGCGCGCGGGCAUCCGGCGCGUGCUGACGGCGCUGGCGUGCUCCGAGCUCGGGUACAAGGUCCUCGAGAACUCCGUGCGCUACCACGCCGCGGAGUACCGCGCGGAGCUCCCAGAGGGCUUCCUGGACCUGCCCGCGCCGCCGGCGCCGCGCAGCGCGCUGCGGCACACGCUCCCGCACUGCGUGCAGCCGUACGUCGUGUGCGAGGGCGAGCAUGCCAUCUACGUGGGGUUCAUGGGCACGAAGCGCCUCGCGGACCUCGGCGCCGACGUCACUGUCAACCAAGUGCCGCUGUGCGGCGCCCCCGGGUGGCCCGCGAGCCGCGCCCCCUCCCAGGACCGCUUCGAGGCGGCAAUGGAGGACGCGCGCGACGAGCUCGGGUCCCGCAUCGCCGCGGCGCGGCCCGCGACGGGCGGCCUGGACCUCCCGCCGGUGCCGCUGUGGUCGGAGCGCCCGCCGCUCGCGGGCUGCCGCGCGCACUACGGGUUCUUCUCGCGCGCGCAGAGCGUGCCCGCUGAGGCGCUGCUGCAGGCCGCGGCGCGCAAGAACAAGCCGCUCGUGCUGUGCGGGCACUCGCUCGGGGGCGCCGUCGCCGUGCUCGUCGCGCUGCGCCUCCUGCAGGUCGCCUCGCCCCUCGAGCAGGAGCUCGUGCAGUGCGUCACGUUCGCCACACCCCCCCCGGGGAACCUGGCCCUGGCGCAACUGAUCGAGUCGUACGGGGCGCGGUUCCAGUCGUACCUGAUGCCGGAGGACCCCAUACCGCACAUCAUGCGCCUCUUCCGCCUCCAGCGCAACCUCCGCGAGCGCCAGACGGCCGAGCCUGACGACGCCGCUGCGCCGCUCGAGACCACGUCGACCCGCGACGACGACGACGACGCCCAGGCGCCCGCGUCCGCGUCCGACGCCACGCGGCGCGUCGAGAAGGCGGUGCGCGGGCACGAGCGCGAGUUCCUGGAGGCGGAAGGACAGCUGCUAUCCGAGCUCAUGGCCUCCGAGGACAUGGGCGACGACGCCGGCGAGCCCGACGUCGCGCGGGAGGACGACGAGGGCGACGAGGGCGACGAGGGCGACGAGGGCGACGAGGAGGGGGGGUCUUCGCGCAUGUCUGACAGGUACCGUCCCGCGCUGGUUGAUUUGGAGGAGGACACCAGCGACGACGAGGGGCCCGUGCCGCGGGAGGCCGCGGCGGCCGCGAAGGUCGUGGCGCCGGGCGGGGAGCGGGAGGGGUCGGCGCGCGCGGUGCGCGGCACGAAGCCGCUGCUGCGGAGGAUCGGCGGCGCUGUGCUGGGCGGCGCGGGGAUGGUGGCGUCGAGCGGCGUGCGCGCGGCGGGCGCCGUGGCGUCGGGCGGCUGGUGGGCCGCGGGCGCGGUGGCGUCCGGCGGGAUGCGGGCGGCGGGCACGCUCGCGAGCGUGUCCGGCCUGGGCCGCGCCCGCGCCCUCGUGCCGCCGGUGCCGAACUACUUCCACAUCUGGCGGUGCACGAUGUUCCUCGGGUCGAGCGGCGCGGUCGCGGCGCACGUCACGGCGCCCGGCGCCGCCGGCGACGACGAGGACGACGCCUCCGCAGAGGCCGCGGAGCGCGCGCUGCAGGAGGUGGAGGCGCAGGUGCUGGACCGCAUGGCGGAGCGGUACCCGGGCGCGCGGCACCCGCUGGAGCGCAACAGCGUGCGCGCGGUGGUGGGCCGGCGCACGCUGAUGCACUCGAUGCGUUUCUACCGGUCACGGGCGCGCGCGAUUGUGGAGGCGGUGGUCGCGGAGGGCGCGCUGGAGGAGCGCGCGGUCGCGGACCGCGAGCGCGAGCUGGCGCAGGAGGUCGAGGACGCGCGGCGGCGCGCGGCGGAGGCGGGCGGCGUGCUCGAGCUGCCGCGGCCGCUGCCGCGACGCGGCGGGGACGACGAGGGGAUCUUCGGGUUCCGGUACGCACGCGACCUCUCGAAGCUCGGCCUCACGGGCCCGUGGAGCUUCGCGGACCUGACGGCGGACGUGGUCGCGCCCGCGCGGCUCGACGGAGAGGCGUGGCACAACGGCACGCGCGGGCCGCCCGGGGCGUCCCCGGUGAGCGUGCUCCUGCGCGGAACGGGCCUGUCGUACAUCUCCUUCCUCGCCGUCACGCUGCUGUGGCGCGGGGACGUCGCGCCGGCGCCGGUGGCCUCGGAGGGCCCCCUCAUGUCGACGCUGCUCCCCGCGGAGGGCGACGAGGACGCCGUCGAGGCCCGCGGGCCCCUGCGGCUGCAGGACGUCCGGCGGUGCAUCGUGCAGGAGCCGCUGAUCGGCGAGGAGCUCGCCGUGCGCGUCUGGGUGCCGGCAGCUGCGUUGAACGCCGUCGCCGUCGCCGCGGCGGCCGGCGCGAUGUCCGUGCCGGCCCCGCCGCUCCCGGCGACCCUCGAGGACGGCCGCGGGCUCGGCUGGCCGUGGCAGCGGCGCCGCGGGGGCGUCGCGCGCCGCCCGCCGCCCGAGGGCGCAGUGCCCACCCUGCGCCUCGGUCUCGCCACCGACAUCGAGCGCGCGGCGGUCGACGUGUCGCUGUGCCCGCCGAUCGUGUGGGCGAUCGGGCCGUGCGCGGACACGACGCGGCGCGUGCUGGCCGCGCUGCUGCCGGACCAGGGCGCCGCCGCGGGCCCCGCGGGGCACGUGGUGGGCGCGAUCGACGGCGUGGGGUACUGCGGGGGGUGUCAGGGGGACGUGCUCGGGGAGGCGCAGCAGGUCGAGACCGCGCUGGACCGCUGCGGCGGCGGCGACAGCGGCUGGCUCCAGCGCCUGCGGUGCGCCCUCGGCAUGACUCAGAAUGAUAACACCCCCUGUGGGCCCAAGCUGGUGGUCGUGGCGCUGCCCACGGGGGCCGGCGGGCGCAUGGACGCGGAGCAGUGGCGCGCCGUGGCGCGCGCCGCGGCGGCCGCGGGCCGCCGGAGCGUCCCGGUGCUGCUGCUGACCGUGCCGGACCCCGGCAGCAGCGAGCUGGACGUCGCCGACGUGGUGUCCUCCGCGCAGUCCGCGGUGGCGCAGUACCUCAGUCCGGCGGGCUGCGACGUGACCGUCGCGAGCACGGGCGCGCUGCGGGCCGCGGGGGACCGCGCGAAGCCGCGGCGGCGCGCGGCGCGCGGCGUGGAGGGUGCCCUGUUGACGCCCGAGGAGCUGCGGGCGCUCGUGGUGUGGCUGGCGACGGACCCGCCGGGGCGGGGCGUGGUGGCGGAGGCGGAGGAGGCGCAGCCGUGA